AUGGAGUUAUUUGACUCCGAAGACUUUUUGACCUCAGAGGAAGACGAGGGAUUACAUGCUAUCGAAGGUGGAAAGUAUAGUGAAGAUGAUGCAAGCGAAUUAGUGAAGGAAAGUGAAGUGGAUGGCGAAGAGCAGACACAGAAAACUCAAGAGGAAAAAAAGAAGGCUCAGAGCUUUCCAGCCAGAAAGAGAAAACUGGGUGGCCUUUCAUUAGAAGGAGAAGAUGUGGAUGCCGGAGCGGAAUCUGGAGGGACCAACAGUGAGGAGGAAGAUGGGUCAGCAGAGCAGGAAAAGGACAGUAAGUCAGAAGAUGCAAGAAAAAAGAAGGGUGAACUCUGGGCCAGCUUUCUCAAUGAUGUCAGACCAAAAUCAAAAGUGUCUGCUGCAAGUACUCGAGUUAAGAGAGAAGAGGAAGCUGCAGAAACAAGUUCAAGUAAGUUGGUGAAACUUGAGGAUCUGACAAGGCCUCCAGAAGCUGAAAAGGUCAGGAUCACCAAGGUGUUUAAUUUUGCUGGUGAAGAAGCCAGGCUUUCCUUAAGAGCUUAUCAUAUUCCCCAUAAGCCAAUUUGGGAAGGAGGCAAUAUAUCUUUUGGCUCUCGAAUGCUGCUCGCCUCUGAAGCUCAUUAUGACAAGCCACUUUCUGAAGCUGGGCUGUAG